UCCCUGCAAGUAAGGUGGAUUCAUUUAUCAAAAUCAUCACUGCAAAAACAUUUAUUGCCUGUUCAGUUAGAAACCCAAGACUUUGGAAUGGCGAAAAAGCAUUUAUAAUCCAAUCUAAUAUGCUCUAGCACCCAAUUUUUUUAUUUUAUCCAUUCAUAUCCGCUUUGUCAAUAUGUUCCUCAGCAAAAGCAGGAGGCUUGCUCUGCUUUAUCCCGAAAUGCCAUAUCCAGAUUUGCAGGACUCAAGGCUUUUUACAAUCUUUUUAUCAUUUGUCUUCCCUGAAAUCUGUUGAUUUAGAACGUUCAGAUUUCAAAGGAUCUCCAAAGCUAAUCAAAACUUCCAAGACCUAUCAUCUUGCCAUUUUGAAUAGUUUUUGUUUCUUUUGACUAAUCGAUUGUUGACAAAGACAACACACAAGUGGGUAUAAAUGGCGGAUAAUCUUUUUGUUUAGAGUUACUCUAUUGCACAGCUUCUUUUGGAUAUCAGAAAUGAAGACAACCAUAACUAUCGCCGUUUUGCUGCUGCUGGGAACCUUGUUCAUGUUGCUUCUUUAUUAUGGACAAGAUAUGAAUUUGUUUAAGAGUGACAAUGGCGUAUCAUCAAACAAGAAACUCAAUGUAAAAAUUUAUGAUCACAGCAACAACUAUUACCGAAGAGAAUUGUCCGAUAUAAAUCUCAGUGAUUAUCAUCUAAUUGAUCCAGUUCCAAACUCAGGAGCAACAGUUAAAUCAGCUCCAAUUGAGCAUGAUGCCCCUCGGAAUCCAUGGAAUGGGAUAAUAACAUUGCCCACACCACCGCCACAUGACACAAACAAUCACACUCCGUAA